AUGGCUGCUCUGGACCAUGACCACGACCUGGACUUUGGCGACAGCGGUCUUGACCAACUGCCCCAGUCGACUCUGCAGAACCUCGAGCUGAACGCCAUCUCGUCGACCCAGCGAGAAGUCGCCGCCCGCAAGCAACGCCAAUACCACCAGACCACCCGCCCUCUCAGAUUGACCCGUCCCAGCCUGCCACCAGUUACUGCUCCUGUUCAAACUACCACCUCUUUCGAUGCUCCAAAUUCACCAGAAUCCGACUACGGUCUGGAUGACAAUGACGACGAAGAAGUCCUUGACCUGAACGCCGACACGACUAUUUACCAGCCCAACCAGGACUAUGCCCAAUCUGCAAAACACAACACCUAUCACCUCCCUACCGAGUCCAUCGUCGUAGACGACCCACCGCCGAACUAUGACCAGCUCGACAAUCGCAAUCCUAAUGUCCAGCCCACCGACACGACAGCCAUAGAUGCACACAUUCGAAAGCUCGAGCUCGAACUCAACGCUGUCCGCUUGUCUCUGCAAAACGCAAAGGCAGAGAAUCAAAAACAGGCUGGAGAACUGUCGAUAAUCCGUGAAAGACAGAAGAAGGAUGCCAAAGAACACGAACUUCAGCUGCAGGCCCUGAACAAGUCGCGUGCCGAUGAUGCUACAAAGCAAAAGGCCGAUUUGGAGGCGAAGCGAAAAGAGAUUGAAGCCUACGAAACGAACAACCGUUUCCUAGAACAUGAUCUGGCUCAGGCGCGAGACGAACGUGCCAAAAGGCUCAAGCCUACCAGAACUAACACGGGUAGGCUCACUCGCCAGCCCUCCCAAUCCUUGCCCUAUCGCGAUGGCUUUGACGACAACGAGAUUGUACCCCUAUCCCCGUCGAAACCAAAGGAUAGAUCCAAAUCUUCCACUCCCAAGGUAGGUGAGAAGCGGAAGAGGAAUGCUGUUGCCAGUCCUGCUCCGAAACUGCAACUGAACCCUCAACCCUCUGUACCCUCAUCCCCGGCUCCAAAUGUCGCCGAAUCAACGCCUGUAGUCGAGGAAUUGAUCCAACCUCGUGAUGACACGCAAUUUCAGAUGAUCCGCCGUCUCAUGAACCAUCGUUCAUUGAAUUCGCGAGAAAGAGUAUUGGAGACACUAAGUCGGCUCGCUUUUCCUUCUUUACCCGGGCAAUCUAUAUCCGGUCUUGUAACUCAAGGCUUGUCUCAGUUUGUCGCCGUGGACGAUGAGGAUAACUUUUCUUCCUUUGCCUGUAAUCUCCUUUCAGACUUGUGGGAAAGGUGUUUGCACGACAAAAUGUAUACACCGGUCUAUCCGAUUCUGGAUUUGUACGAGUUCAUCUUGGCCAUGUCUUACGAGCCUCCGAAACUUUCACUAAUCGAGCGCUUCCUCCCGCUCGCAACCAAGACGAUUGAUCUGGUUGCGUUACCACGUGUGCGCCUUCAUGCAGGCGCCCAUGUAGACCCGCAUCUGCUCGAAUGCAUCGACGUGGAUCAGAUUCUGACGCUGAUGCAUGGUAUGGCUUUCGACGCGAGCCUCCAUGCUGAAUCGUGUCAAGCAUUCUGGAAAAAGAUGGAGUUUGACUUUACCUUGAUGAUGCUGAACAAAAGCCAACCACUCACACAGAUCAUGCUGGUAUUGCAAAUGCUGGGAAGCUCUGCUAUGCCGGAGUCGUUCAGUAUCAUGGUAGACGAUCCAGAAAAGCAGUCCACCUUGGAGGGUCAUACAAUUGACCGGCUUACAACUUUGCUGUUUGAGAGGCCAGAAGCACCAGCAGGUGAAACAGCGUACGAAGAUAGCGAAGUUGUCUUGUUGCAGAUCGAGACGAUACGAGUGCUGAACUCACUGGCAGUCACGAAGCAUGGUAGUGAAGUUCUCGCUCGACAUCGCACAGCUGUCGGUCGACUUGUUCGGUUGCUGCACGUAUCGGUCACCAAGCUGUAUGAUCUUGCACCUACGAAUCAUGACAUGUUCGGUGAGACAAGCGAGCCACGGAAUUUCAGCACGAACCACGAACUCACGACGAGCUUGAUCAAUCUGACGGUCCGUCUGCUGUAUCAUCUAUUGAUGAACUACAGCGACAUGAUCAACCUCCGCGAGAAGCUCAUGGUCAUACCCGGCGGACAUCACAAGUUUUUGGUAUCAUUGACAAGACUUGCGUUUUCAGAGCAAUUAGUAUAUGAAGCCGGUCUUGACAACGAGGCCUUGGAUGCGGCGCAUGAGAUAUUGGAUGGGAUUUUGAGUCCGGAGGAAGGUGAAGCGGUUGUCCAGGCCAUCGAAACGCCUAGAGGGCCGAGUAGUACGAGGAUGUCGGUCGUGCUUGAGCGGUAG